UCAGCAACUUGAGCGAGGACUCGGUAAAUAUGAAUAAACAAGAAUCAGGAUCGAAAAAGCCAACAGUAAAUCUGUAUCUCAAAAAGUAUCAAAUGGGAUCAGAAAUGGGAAGAAAGCCAGCUUCAACUAAUAAAAACAAGUUGAAUUCAAGCUAUUGCACUCCAAAUAAGGAUUAUAGAAGGCUGAAUUCGGAUUCCUUCGCAAGAUCUGAGUCUAAGAUUGGAUAUGGACCUUCUAUUGAUAGCUAUAUAAAUCUUAGAAAAGCACAACUCACUAAGAAAUACAGUGAAGAAAGGACGCCUGAGAGUAAGCAGAAAUCUAAAAAUUCGAACUUGAGAGUGGCCAAUGUGAGUAGGAUCUCCAAGACUAAGACUGUGUGUCCUAUCAAGCACCUUAGCAAGCCAGGUUUGUCUUCUAACUCGAAGAAGGCUCGAGCAAAGCAUUUGAAUAUCCGACCUUAUGAGGACUCUUCAAAGGAUGAAAACUUUGGAGUGAGUAGUGACCCAAAAACUCCAGUCAAAAGAUCUUCAAUAAAAAAGGCAACUCUUUAUCUUAGUGACGAGAAGGAGAGUCAGCAAAGAGGAAAAUUAUGCCAAAUACGCCAGAUUGACAGGAAAUUUACUGGAACCGAUCCUCAGAUUCAUGAUUCAAAUGGUUUGGAAGAAAAAUCUGAGAUGAAUUGUGAAGGGCAUGUUAAAGAAACAAACACUGCAAGGAGUUCAACCGCGACCAAAUCUGAAAUAAGCUGCUGAUCAUCCAAGAUCAACUCUGGCAAACACAGGAGGAUUUAUGAGCAGAGCUAUUACUGCAAGAUUGAUCUGUCUCAGAGAGAUAUUUCACAGGAGUCUUUGGAUAAAAUGAAGAAAGAUUGAGACAAGAAUCUUAAAAAGAUGUAUCUGAACAAAUUCAAAAAGAGUAUAAAGGCAAAGAAGAUACCUCAAUCACACAAUGUGCCCUUCCAGACGAUGUAUUCCACCAAAGCUCUGACCAUGGGAAAGGGGCCUAGCUUUAAGACAACCGAAAGGGCCGACCAGAGGAAAGACUACUACCAAAGCUUAGAAAGAAAUAAGGAAAAUCAGAAAAAAUUUGCUGAAAAGACAGCUAAUGCCAAGAGCUGAGAGAUUGGCUUGGAACCCAGCGCCUUGCUCAGCUUGUUGGCGUCCCCUGAUUUUGAUCCAGAGAUGCUGGGGGAUCACUAACCCUUUGUGUAAGU